GUCGUCUUCUUCAACUUCUGUAUGUUGCGAUAUCGUCUCGAGGAAGGAAACACACAUCGACUCUGUGCUCGCGGAAAAGUCCGUACUGUGCGGGUGAAAACGCACUCGAAAUCGUCUGAAAAGUGUUCCCCGGGCUAGCCGGAAUCGCGUACGUUGCGGAAGUGAUAUUUUCCAUCGCUGACAAGUUGGGUAAAGUGGUGAAAAGUUGAAUUUUAACUGGGUUCUCAGCCUCCAUUAGCAGCGAAGGAGUUUUCUUGCUGACAUUUUUUUUCGCUCAACCUCUCCCUCUCGCGCUGAAGUGAUAGCUCUCUGUCUCCCGCUUGCGUUUGCACUUUUUGGGAGAAGCGCAGUGGUGUUGGUGUGAGUUUGGUGGAUUCGAUUUUUUAUUCGCUCUCCCUGCCUGGAUGCGAUUCAUCACCAAGAAAAGAUAGAGGUGUGUGAUUGUGUGCGUUGGCAGUAGUUUGCAUCGCAUCAGCGGCAACAACAACAACAACGGUGGCAUCCAGCACGACGUCGGCGGCAGUCGCACCUCGUCUCGGGUCGCGUUGUUCUGCGUCGCGGAUUACUAGUGUGCGUGUGCAAUUAUCGGUCCCGGUGAGAAGAAGUUAGACGAGUGUUGCGUGUCGCGAUUCAUUAAAAAAAACUGCAUACAGUCAAUAAUUGCGCUGUAGUGUGUUGGUGUUUUUCCUCAAGCGAGCUCAAGUCCAAAGUGUCACCGUUCGAGGGAUUGUGGGGGAAGAUAGUGUGUAUUGUUGUUCGUAGUCGUCGUCUUUUUCCCCGAAUUUUCACACGACGCGGACUCCCCUGGAUCCAGAGAGAAAGAGAUAGAGAGAGAGAUAGGGAGGAAGAAGAGCACAGCCCGCAGCUAUCCAUCGUUCAUCAAUCGAAAAAGUGGUCCCGUUUUCCCUUCGUCCUUGGUGUGUAGUGUCGCGGGCGCGAGUGUGAGUGGUGCUCUUUUUUGUUCUGGCGAAACUGCCACCGAUCCAGCCAUCCAUCUUCCGGAGUAGGAUUGCCCGAGCCGAGCACAACAGCUAAUAAAAUUUGACUCUUGAAAUCGCAGAGCAGAGCAACGACUGCAGGCUGCCAACCGAAGAAGAAAGAGAAGAAAAGGGUUCCAAUUUUCCAUCGACCUGUGCGAGCGGAAGUGACAAAGGACCGCGACAACGAGAGGAAGGAUUUAAUUUUCUUUUUGUUUUUUUCCGUUCCGGCGCUGAUGACGUACGCUGCGUUUGAGUUUCUGCAAGUUCCGUAGCAGUGCGGUGCUGCUACCCGCGCCCGUCUUGUGCUCGUACCCUAUUAGUUGUUUUGUCCGCAACUAAUAUUGGCCACGGGAACGAAGCUACGCUGGUGGAACCUGGCAGCCACAAUGUCGGUGCAGCAGUACUGUCUACGUUGGAACAAUCACCAGCCGAACUUCAUCUCCGUCUUCUCGACCCUGCUGCACAAUGAGAGCCUGGUGGACGUCACACUGGCUGCCGAGGGCCGACAGCUGCAGGCCCACAAGGUGGUACUGUCGGCGUGCAGUUCCUACUUUCAGUCCCUGUUCACCGCCAAUCCCUGCCAACAUCCGAUAGUGAUACUGAAGGACGUGCAGUACAACGACCUCAAAACGAUGGUAGAUUUCAUGUACUACGGUGAGGUGAACGUGUCUACCGAGCAGCUGCCCCAGGUGCUAAAAACGGCAGAAAUGCUCAAAAUCAAAGGCCUCGCGGAAAUGCCGGACGCUUCCGCGGUGUGUAAGGCCGAUCCGAGCAAGCUCGAACAUCCGGACCUGGUGGGCGCCGGCCUAGGUCCGGGUGGAACAGGCGGCCCGGAAUCGAUGUGGGGCAGUGCAGAAUCUCAACAGCAGCAAGCCGCCGCCCAGCAGCAGCAACAGCAACAGCAAUACCAUCAGCAGCUACAAGCCCAACAGCCCCAGCUGCGAAGGACACCCUCUCCCACCACCAACAUGUCUCCGGCGGCGCGGCGGAAACGGUUAAGGAAAACCUCGACGGGAUCGGGUUCGCUCUCUACCGAACGCAUGCAACAGCAACAGCAGCAGCAGCACCACCAGCAGCAGCAGCAGCAGCAACAACAACAGCAGCAGCAGCAACAACAACAGCAACAGCAACAACAGCAGGAAGAGCACGGUACCAAUACGGACGGAACGAUAAAUAUCGUUCCCCAUCUGCACAUACAGCAACAGGUAGACAACAUAUCGUACAGCACCAGUCACAGUGCGCUGGCGUCACUAGCCGGGGCAGCCGGUGGACCUGGUAACAAUAUCCGAAUAAUCAAGGAAAGUCCCAGUUCUGACGUUGACCAGCAGCAACAUGAAUCGUCGCAGGAAAGUGUGGACGAGUCAGGACACCAUAUUCCAAGUAUCAUCAAAACCGAGGACUUGAGUGGUGUGACGCAAACGAUACCGAUGGACAUUUCCGCGACGUCGAGCAGCGUGGCGGCAGUCAAUAUCCCCCAAUCGCAAUCUCAGCACAGUGGUGGGCAAUGGACUGUAAUCGAUACGAAUUAUUCGAGGUUCGGUAUCACGUCGUGUCAGACAAACUUAGGACUCCAGCAGCAGCAUGCACAGGCACAGGCUCAGGCACAGCAGCAUGCGGCCGCCGCCCAGCAGCAGCACCAUCAGCAGCAACAGCAAGCCGCCCAGGCAGCGCAAGCAGCGGCGGCAGCUAGUCAGCAAGCCCAAGCCCAGCAGCAGGCGGCGGCGGCAGCUGCGGCCCAGCAUCAUCAAGCGCAGCAACAGCAACAACAGGGUGAUAGCCAGUCGCUGAGCAAUAAUGGCGGCAGUGGCGGCAACAACAACAGCAACAGCAGUAAUCCCCUAUCGAAUGCCUCGACGAACAACUCCAACGCCCCGACGCCGCAGCCCACGACGCCAGUACAAAUCUACCAGCAUCCGUUCUCGCCGCAGAUCAUCUCCGUCAAUCCGAACAACAUGGUCAACAGCUACAGCUCGUCCAACAUUUCGACGCCAACGUCACCGCAGGGCGGUAAUGAAUCGGCGGCUGCUGCGGCCGCCAUGGUCCAAAGUGUCUACAGCCAUGGUGCGAAUGCAAAUCAAACAACCAUCGGGGCGACCAGUGCGAGUGGGACGACGACAAUUCAACCGGUUAAACGGAAACGGUCCGUCAACCCGCAAGGCGACGAAAACUUCCUGCGAGCACUCGAAGCCGUUCGGUUCGGUGGCAUUGGUUUCUGCAAGGCCGCUCGUCUGUACGGCGUAAACAACCGAACCCUAUGGUUAGAAUACAAGAAACGAGGUUACCCCAUCAGCAGGCCGAGCAUAAAAAGUAGGAUAAAGCUCGAGCCGAACAUUUCACCGCCACCCUCGACCACCCCCACUGGCGAUGAGAACGCCUCGAUGGAACAUUACGACACCUCGCUUUCGUCCCCGGCGCUUAAUAUGUCCCUGCAGCAGCAUCAACAACAGCAACAGCAACAACAGCAGCAACAGCAGCAGCAAGCUCAACAGCAGGCCGCCCAACAGCAGCAGGCAGCUCAGCAGCAACAACAGCAACAGCAAGCCCAGCAGCAGCAAACUCAACACCAAACGUCGAACGAGAACGCAGCAACGGCGGCGGCAGCCGCUGCAGCUGCAGCCGCAGUGGCCGCAUCGUCCGCUGCUGCUCCGCUGAUGUGUCCCCCGCAUGCGCACCCGAUGGGAGUGAUGGGUUUCCUGGACACGCGGCACGUAGACUUCACGACGGCAGCCGCCGGGAUACACCAGAUGUCCCGGCAGAGGUAUCCGGAUACGACGACGGUGAACAUGAACACCGGAGCGGUCAAUUUGCAGGGCUUAAAUUUUAACUCGAUGUAAGGUGACGAGGGUGCUUCGAAGGGGCGCUGGGGGAGGAGGGCGAAAACAACGGUGGACGUUGAUGGUUUGAGAAAUACGGGGCUGUGCGUAGUGCGGUUGAAGGAAUGAUGAGAUUUGGUUUCCUAAGCGCGGGUUGGAGUAACCAUACCGAGAACGUCAGAAAUCUGCUUUUUCCGAAAGAAAUUAUCAGGUAGCUUAACAAGCUUCCCCAGCGAUGUUCUCUGAAUGGGGCUUAGAAGUUUCCUAAAUUCGAUUUUCACUCAGUUUUUUUUCAUUAUUGUAUUUUUCACACCCUUAGCAAAAGAAAAUGCACAUUCUAUCUGACCAAAGUUGUACGUAAGCCGGUUGAAAUUUAAAAUGUAUGAGGCGUUUAUUUUUUUUAUGGAAAUUAAAAACUGUUAAGUUUCUUUAUCGUUGACCACUUCGGUAGUGACGGAGAAUCUGUUCGUCACUCGGAAGUAAUAAAUAAACAGUUA